UCGUUUACGCGGCCACUGGUCUGGAAUCUGGAAUCUGGAACGAGUGUAACGUGUUUAGUGAUAAUGAAUAGCGAUACUGCGAUAAUGCUAUAGAAAAUUAUAGUAUUAUACCUUAAUUUAAUAUUUCAUUCGUGAACCGAACUAAAAUGUAUAUGACGAGACUUUAUUUGUAAGUCGUUUUACUUGCAUUUUUCAGAUUAUUUUCAUUGGUACGGUAUUUGUUUUGAAUAUUAUUUAAUUAUUCAUAAUCGCAUGCGCUUCGUAUCAUAUCCUCUGCCAUUUUAUAAAGUAAUUCAAUAUUGCUAACUUUAAUUGAUAGUAUAAUGAAUUAUAACGACAGCACAUUCAACAGUGAGUCAUAUAUAUCUAUGCCUGGUAACAGCGGCAACAAACGUCUAACACGACGACCUAUGGAAACACCGGGUUUAGAUGUGAAUAGUAUACCUGCACAACAAGUACAGUACAACUAUGCCCAACCAAUGUACUCUCCAUCACAAGAACCUCAAACUAUGCCAUCUCAACAACAAUUCUAUUACAACGAUUUUACAUCAAUUCCAUCACAACCACAACAAGGAUAUGGAAAUAAUGAUUUUGGAUAUAUGGGAUCAAUGCCAACAGAUAAUAUAAAUCAUCGACAACACUAUACACCAAGUCCUGGUCCAAAUCCUCAACAAACUCAACCAACAAUGUUUAACCCUUCAAAUAAUUUAGUUGAUGCAUUUGGAAGUAAUCCUCUUUUAGCAGGAGUUACUGUGCGAUAUGGUCAGAAAAUUUUGGGACAAGUAGUUGAUGAAAAUGUCGGAAAAUAUACAAGCGGAAUAAGUUCAGAAAUAAAACGUUAUUUUGCUGUAGACACCCGUUAUGUGAUCACUAAACUUGGUUUAUUAUUAUUUCCAUUUGCUCAUACAGAUUGGUCAAUUAUGUUGGAAUCAACAGGACAAACUGAUGAUCGUCGACGAGCAAGACCAAAAACAGAUGUCAAUGCACCAGAUCUUUAUAUUCCUACUGUAGCUUUUGUAACAUAUUUACUGUUUUUGGGUCUCAUACUUGGUAAACAUGGACAAUUUAGCCCAGAACUUUUAAGUGUACAAGCUUCUCGUGUUCUUGCCUGGGAAGUAAUAGUGGUUUUAGUAGAAAUAUUGGCUCUAUAUGUUACAAAUAUACAAAGUUCACUACGUGCUUUUGAUCUAACAGCUUAUUCAGGAUACAAAUAUUUUGGAAUUAUAAGCUGUAUUCCAAUUGGGUUACUUUUAGGUGAAACUGCAUUUUAUUUUGCCUUACUAUACAUUGGAAUUGCAUUUAUAUAUUUUUUGUUAUUUUCAAUGAGAUGGCAGUUGAAUUCAAUUGCAACAGUUGCUAAUGUUGGUCAACCAGUAGUAAUGGUUGAGUAUAAGCGCAAGAGGACAUUAUACUUCCUGAUUUUAGCAGUGGCUAUUCAACCAAUAACUACAUGGUACCUAAUAUCAUAUUUAACAUUUACUAUGAGAUGAAUACAAAUGGAAUACUUAACAAUAAAAUUAUUUUUUCCAUGAAGCAAUUCAAUAUAUGUUAUUAAAAACUGUAUAUAUAAUAUUAUACAUAUUUUUGUUUAUAUGUUUUAAUCGUCUUUGUUGGUAUGAUACCUUUUAAAACUACAUUUUUAGCAAUGUAUCACGCUACACAUUCUGAAAUAUGUAUAGACAGUUAAUUUUUAUUUAUUUAAUAGUAUAAUCAAUAUAACUUUGUGCUUCUUAAAUAAAAAAUGUAAUCCAUACAUAUAAAUUGUAUUAAUAGAUAAAAAAUAUCACAUAAUAUACAGUUUGUGUAAUAUUUUUACUAAUUUAUAUUGUUAAAAUUCAUCUUAGUAACAUGCAUUUUUGUAAAGCUGGAUAUGUAUUUUCUAUGUAAUAGCUCGUAUAAAUUAUUAUUUAUAAUUAACGUGCAUUUAAUUUAAAUUGAAUCUUAAUAUAAAUUUGAAUUGUAUUUUUAAAGUUACAAUUACUUAUUUAUUUAUCAUUUCAUUAAAUGUACUAGAGAAUUAAAUAAAAUAUCUAAUCUAGUGCUUCUUUAAAAGUUGUAUUAUGGAUAAAUUGUGAUAAUUAUUUAAAAUUAUACCUUAAAUUAUAUUUUUCAAACAUGUAA